CUCAUGGACUCACAGUUUAGUAGAGCAGACAGAUGUUACACAAGUAAAUAGAUAUGUCACAUUGUGAUAAAUGACAAAAACAGUGCUAUGAGAAAAUGUGGCCAGGAUUUAAGGGCAGAAAAUAAACUUUCAGACUAUGAGAAUCAGGGGUAAGAGACACAUGUUAUGCUGAGACAUAGAGAAUGAGUAUGGAUCUGUUCUUGCUGCUCAAGUAGAGGCAUCAGGAAAAACCUUGGCUAGUUACAGCUGAAAGGCCAGUGUGGCAAGAUAGUGGUGAACUCCGGAGGGGAGUGGGUAAGGUUGGAGAAGAUAGCCAAGACCACGCAGCACCUGACUAACCUUACUGGAGAUUUUGGUUUGAAUUCCGAAUACUGUGGGAAACCAGUGAAAGGUUUUUACAUAUUUGAAAAAUCACUCUAGAAUAAUAUGGAGAAAGAUUAGAAAAGAGGCAAGAGCAGAAAUGGGGAAGUCUUUCCCCAUGGUAGAAGUCUCUUGCUCAGGUUUUAGGGAAAGGUCAUUGUGGGUUGGCCUUCAGCAGUACUAACGGAAAUAAACAUGGACAGAGUUGAUACUAGUUUCAGAGAAAGAAUAGAAUUUGGAAAUGUGAUUGGAAGAGCGGUUGGGGCUUUGGAAAAGAUGACAUUCAGUUUCCUGGCUUGAGUAACUGAGUAGGUAGGUGUGCCAUUUAUUGAGAUGGAAAGGACUGGAGGAGGAGCAUAUUUGUUGGGGAAGUUCAAGAGUUCAGGGCAGUUCAGAGGUGGUAAUCCUUAAAGUAGGUCAAACAAGAAACUGUUGUGAAAAGGUAAAUAUCAGAUAGAGAAGAGUAAUAGAAAUAGUAAGUGUUCUAAGAGUUGAGCAGCAGGAAAGAUCAACAGUUAUUAGGGAGAUUAGACUUCUCUAAUCUUGGAAGAUUUGGGACAUGAACUUUCCUGUGAGGAUUGGGUGAUACUUGCAUUAGUGCAGGAAAAACAUUCCAGGUUGAAAAACCAUGUGAACAGAAAUCCUGAAGCAGAUAGCAUUGUGUGAGUUAAGUCAUAAGAACAGAACGGACUAGGUUGAAUCAGGAAAUGGGGGAGCAAUAACAGUUGGGAAGGGUCCAGAUUUGUUAGGGAGGGGUACCUAGAAGUGUGAUUGUCAAGCUGCGGUUGGUAACAGGUGGAAAUUUGAAUGGUUAAUCUGAUGUUUAUGUGUUGAAUGAAUUGAAAUCUGGAAGAUUGGUUUUUGGUUUGGUUUGGUUUGGUUUGUUUUGUUUUGUUUUGGAAACUUGUUGAUACCAAGCAAAAGGGUUUGGAUUAAACUUUGAAUCCAGUAGGAAUGAAAAAGAAAAGUGAACAGGAUUCAAGUGACUUAAUGGGGAAAGGAAAGGAAGAAUUGUUAACUUUCAAGAACUUAAACCUUGGUAACUAGGAAGAUGAUUUUUGGCAGAAGUGAAAAAGUCGGGAAUGGGAUUAAGAAGUGGGUUGAGUAACAAGUUUAAAGAGUGGGGUGGAAUGUCUCAUGAAAAGUAUUGUAUGAGAGCAGCCCAAACUUAUCUGUGACUUCAAACACUGUUCAAAAAAAAAAAAAAAAGGAACCUGGUUCUGCCCUGAACUCAGAUUGAGAGAGACCACUACUCAAUAACUAUGUUGAGAAGACAGAGAAGCUGAGUGUUCUUAUACUUUACUGUGUGUGUCAUAUUGUACUUUUUCUUUUUUUCCCUUAAUUUGAUUAUCCUGCUCGAUAUUUUAAGUGAGGUUUUCUGUACUUCAGGAACAACUACUUGGACCACUGUUACUUUGUAUGAGAUUGUGCAUUUGCUCCUUUUUUAUUUCAUGAGUCUUGCCCCUUACUAUGUCCCUCCAACUUUCCCCCCUUUUAAAAUCUUUUUCAAACAUGUCUGGUGGGAAAAAAACAGGUUCUAGGGGAAAGAUGCUUCCACUUUGAAAACCUGUGGAGAUUAAGAUGAUAGCGUGGCAUGUGUAAAGAAUACCGAAUUACUCCCUGACAAAUACUGUGACCCCAGUCAAAAUCUUUGGCUUUGGGUCAUACAUUCUUCUUUUGAUGUCCUAAUCUUUUGGGAUCCUGAAGCCUACUAGUCUUUAUUUGCUGACCAGAUGGGUGACUCUCUUUAAAAUUUUAGUCAUGUUCUCACUGUUUGGCUGCCGUGUUUUAGAGAAAAAUGCUUGGAGAGGGUGGGGACUUCCUCCAAUAAAGAGCUGAAGGGUUGGCUACCUUCAAUUUCUUUGUCUUAGCUCCUCCUUGCUACCUCCCACAGAGAUCCAUAUGGCUUUGGAGAUGGUCGAGAUACAAGACGUGAUAGAUCCCCAAUCCGAGGAAGUCCAAGGAGAGAGCCCAGGGAUGGCAGAAAUGGCCGUGAUGCCCGUGAUAGCAGAGCCAUGCGAGACCCCCGAGACUUGCGGGACCACAGAUAUGAGAGACUCCCGAGAGCCCAUGUACAGGAGAGAAAGCUCUUAUGACCGAUACCUGCGAAUGGAUGACUAUUGCAGGAGGAAGGACGAUGCUUAUUUUGACCGCUAUAGAGAUAGCUUUGAUGGACGAGGCCCUCCAGGCCCAGAAAGUCAGUCUCGUGCAAAAGAGCGUUUGAAACGUGAGGAACGGCGUAGAGAAGAACUUUAUCGUCAAUAUUUUGAGGAAAUCCAGAGACGUUUUGAUGCCGAGAGGCCUGUUGAUUGUUCUGUGAUUGUGGUCAACAAGCAGACUAAAGAUUAUGCUGAAUCUGUGGGGCGGAAGGUACGAGACCUAGGCAUGGUAGUGGACUUGAUCUUCCUCAACACAGAGGUGUCCCUGUCACAAGCCUUGGAGGAUGUUAGCAGGGGUGGGUCUCCUUUUGCUAUCGUCAUCACCCAGCAACACCAGAUUCACCGCUCCUGCACAGUCAACAUCAUGUUUGGAACCCCACAAGAGCAUCGCAACAUGCCCCAGGCAGACGCCAUGGUGCUGGUGGCCAGAAAUUAUGAGCGCUACAAGAAUGAGUGUCGGGAGAAGGAACGUGAGGAGAUUGCCAGACAGGCAGCCAAGAUGGCCGAUGAAGCCAUCUUGCAAGAAAGGGAGCGUGGAGGCCCCGAGGAAGGAGUGCGCGGGGGGCACCCCCCGGCCAUCCAAAGCCUCCUCAACCUACUGGCAGAUAAUAGGUACCUCACUGCCGAGGAGACUGACAAGAUUAUCAACUACCUGCGAGAGCGGAAGGAGCGCCUUAUGAGGAGCAGCACCGACUCUCUGCCUGGUGAGCUACGUGGCAGGGCCGAGGCCCGAUUUCCCGCCAACCACUCGGGGCGACCUCGGGUGCCUCGCUGAAGACACAGCCAAGCUCCCAACCGCUCCAGAGCGGCCAAGUGCUCCCCUCUGCUACACCCAGUCCAGCUGCACCCCCCACCUCCCAGCAAGAGCUUCAGGCCAAAAUCCUCAGCCUCUUCAAUAGUGGCACGGUUGUGGCCAAUAGCAGCUCUGCAUCCCCCUCCGUCGUUGCCGGAAACACCCAGAACCAGAAUUUUUCCACAGCAGCGAACAGCCAGCCUCAGCAAAGAUCACAGGCCUCUGGCAAUCAGCCUCCAAACAUUUUGGGACAGGCGGGAUCUGCUCGGAACAUGGGCCCCAGGCCUGGGGCUCCUUCCCAAGGGCUCUUUGGCCAACCUUCCAGUCGCCUAGCACCUGCCAGCAACAUGGCUAGCCAGAGGCCCGUGUCUUCCACGGGUAUCAACUUUGACAAUCCAAGUGUACAGAAGGCUCUGGACACCCUGAUCCAGAGUGGCCCUGCUCUCUCCCACCUGGUUAGCCAAACCGCAGCACAGGUGGGGCGGCCCCAGGCCCCGAUGGGAUCUUACCAGAGGCAUUACUGAGGCUCAGUCUCUCAACUACCCCUCCCCCCCGUCCCCUCA